AUGGAGCAUAACAAAGCAAAGUAUAAGAAGAAACUAAGAAAAUGGAUGUCAUGGACGGACUGGACUUUGUGUACUCACAGUGAUACGGUGGCCUUGAUCUCAACGCAACCAACGCAACCAACGCAACCAACGCAACCAACGCAACCAACGCAACCAACGCAACCAACGCAACCAACGCAACCAACGCAACCAACGCAACCAACGCAACCAACGCAACCAACGCAACCAACGCAACCAACGCAACCAACGCAACCAACGCAACCAACGCAACCAACGCAACCAACGCAACCAACGCAACCAACGCAACCAACGCAACCAACGCAACCAACGCAACCAACGCAACCAACGCAACCAACGCAACCAACGCAACCAACGCAACCAACGCAACCAACGCAACCAACGCAACCAACGCAACCAACGCAACCAACGCAACCAACGCAACCAACGCAACCAACGCAACCAACGCAACCAACGCAACCAACGCAACCAACGCAACCAACGCAACCAACGCAACCAACGCAACCAACGCAACCAACGCAACCAACGCAACCAACGCAACCAACGCAACCAACGCAACCAACGCAACCAACGCAACCAACGCAACCAACGCAACCAACGCAACCAACGCAACCAACGCAACCAACGCAACCAAUGAAGAAGAUGAAGUUAAGAUCUAUCAACCUUAUAUGCUGCACAGGAGGGUUGAUGUAUCAUCUAUCAGUCCUUCCAUCAGUGGAUCACUUAAUAAAAACUUGA